AACACAAAAAUGACAAUUUUGACAAGACAUAUCCAUCCACUAUUUUCGGUAUAAUGAAAGUGAAUGGGGACAUGGAUGUUAAACAAUGACCAAAAAAGCACCAUAAAGACAUGUAUUGCAUUAUAUAACUUUACAAUAUUGUAUUAUUACUAUACUGAAACUUUGUGGUGCCUUUCACAUUAAAUUAUUCGCUGAUAGUACAUUAUGAGCUGUUAACCCCAAUCAGUAUGAUUUGUGAACUAAUUAUUCAGACUUGUUUUAUGAACUGAAUUAUUAUUCACAGGUUUUGAACUCAAGCCCACACUGUUGUGUAUGUUGUGGUUGCAGAUUUCUUGUUUAAUUUCAAACUUAUUCCCCUUUCCAGCUUAUUAAUCGUUUUGAAAGUUAAUCAGUUGAAAAAAGGAAAUGUGUGUCAUACUGUUAUACAGGAUAGGAACGCUUGAUUCCAUGCUGAGUUUCUGCUCGGUCAGAAGUUCUGCGGACACGCCACGGUCACAUUGGAUUUACUGACUGAAGUCAUGAUAAUUUAAGAUACAUGUGACGCUGUAAAAUCCAAUUAUGUAUGCCAACAAAUUAGCACGAUUAGCUUUUGGGCUGUUGGCGGAAUCUACGUUCAAAUGGCCGUUAACCCGAAGCGUGUCCUCCAGAGUGAAAGCAGAGCGGUCUCUGUGCAGCUGGACGGUGUGUCUGCAUCACAGACAGAACAAUCAGCUGUCCAACGGAUUGACCCGUCUAAAUGUCCGCGCGGUUUCCCAGACUACUGUCGACCCCGCCGAGGUGCGGAAGUUCCAGGCCAUGGCGAGCAAGUGGUGGGACUUACAGGGAGAGUUUGCAGUCCUGCACUGCAUGAAUGACCUGAGAGUGCCUUUCAUACGGGAUAAUUUGUUGAAUGUGCACGGCGUGCAGCAGUUGGGCAAACCUCUAGCUGGACUCAGGAUCCUGGAUGUCGGCUGUGGUGGAGGUGUGCUGAGUGAGCCACUAGGGAGGCUAGGAGCAGACGUCCUGGGAAUCGACCCGGUGGAGGACAGUGUGCGGACCGCAGAGCUGCACUCCUCCUAUGAUCCUGAUUUACGAGAGAGAGUUCGCUAUCAGGCCUGCACCCUGGAGGAACUCGCUGAGGAGGAAGUAGAGGGCUUUCAUGCUGUAGUGGCAUCUGAGGUGGUGGAACAUCUGGCUGACCUGGACGCCUUUGCCAGCUGUUGCCAGCAGGUGUUGAAGCCUGGUGGCUCUCUUUUCAUCACCACUCUUAACAAAACCAACUUGUCGUACGUUUUUGGGAUUGUGGCAGCGGAGCAGCUGUUAAGGAUUGUUCCGAGUGGAACUCAUGACUGGGAGAAGUUCAUCAGCCCAGAGGAUUUGGAACGACUUCUGGAGUCUUUUGAUUUCUACGUGGAGGCUAUCAGAGGCAUGAUAUACAAUCCUCUCACAGGAGCGUGGAGCUGGCAGCAGAGCACGGCCAUCAACUAUGCAUUGCAUGCAAUCAAACGCAAAGAAGAACCCCAGCCUGACCGGGUCUGGGCUGAGAGUGAGAAUCUGGAUGAACCAGGUCGAGCCACAACUUACAGCUGAGCUAUUGUAAUGUGGAAAUGCUAUCAAACGGACUUCACCUGCUUGGAAAUGGAGAAAUAACCCACACUCAAGAUGUCAAAAUAUGUUGCAUAGUGAAGAAUUGCUGUAAUAAUCAUUCUUUGGAUUGUGUUCCUUGAUAAAACAUUUUUUAUCAGAGGCUUGAUUCAUAGAACAUGUUUCGUAAAGCUUUUGUUAAGAUAAGAAUUUGAGAUUGGAGCAUUUUUAAUCCACUCAACAUGCCACAGUCGCAUGCCACAUGCCUUUUGCCAUUUAGUUGUUUAUUGUGGUGGUGAUCUUUGGUAGGUAUGUCAGAGGCCAAACAGACAAAGAGAAUUGUAUAAUCAUUUGCGACUUUGCACUUAAAUAGUAUAGGUAAUUAAUAAAAUGAAAUCAUUUGUGUCAUCA